AAAGCAAGAUGAUCUGAAGUAUGGUUUCCAGUGAAUUCUACCAUGGGUGAUUUCAGAAUACCCCUGGGAAUGGGAGGUAUGUUACACCUCCAGUUUCCUCUAGUGUGCUCUGACUUCCUGUUUUGAAGCACAUCGCCUAUUUUUGUAGGAUUUCUUUUUCCUUUUCAAGAUCACACAUGAUGACUGACCUGAUAAUUUGUAACCUGAAUUGGGCAGAAUGAUCAUGUUGGACUUUGUCAGGAAAGAGCUGAAGAUCGUGUAAGGAUCUGCCUGCCUGCCACACCAGUGUUUAUAAUGCAGUCUGGAAACAGGAGGGCAGUAGGUGAAACAUAUGUUCCAGGAUCCUGAUUCUCAGCAGUCCCAAUGUUACAUGAUUCCUAUAUACUACUCUAAGACUUAUUCAAAUGGAUUUCCAACAACUGAGAGAGAAGAAUGCAGUACUUAUGAGUAUCCUUUGAAGAUUGGUCAGACUGGUUUGGCCUGGGCCAUGUCUUCUCCUGUUAACAUAGCAAGAUAUGGAGUACAGCCCGCAUCCACUGUCAGUUCUAUUCAACAGAGACGUGAAAUGAUGGUGAGGACCUGUCUCAGACUUCACUUGUUCAAAACACAGGCUCUGACUUUCUCCCACAGAACUGACUUUUCCUACAGAUGUCCUUCUCUACUUCAAUCACUGGAAACACCAUUGGCCCCUUGGUCUAAGGAUUCCUUUCUUGGAAAUUUCUUACUUGCCAUGUGCAAACCCUCGGCUAAUCUUCAGACACAACCUCAAAGAUACAGCAGAACCACACUACCCCUCUCUCAUCUCUUCUCUCGUGACCAUGCUUGUCUUUAUCUGAGUUAUAUAGCAAUAGCUUCCUAUCUUAUCAAAGUCAAAGCAAAUAUCCUCCCCAGUGGUCUAAGCCUCUCUUCUGCCCUUCUCCCUGCCACAUAUAACAUCCGUGUCUGCAAUGGUAUACCCUGCCUCCACCCUUUUCAUUCCAGCUCCACGGAUCUCUGCUUGCCUGAGAUUGCCUGCCUCCAUCUCAACCUGUAAUACUCUUCUCUCGGAAACCAUAUGUUCAGCUUUUGUAUUUUCCCAUAUCUGCUCAACAAAUGCCUGUUGAACUCAUGGCCUUGCUCUCUUUGCUCGGCUUUUUUGCUCAAGGCUGGUAUCCUAUGUCUUGAAUGAUUCCUCCAU